CAGCCCCAGCUGGGUGCUGCUCGAGUCGGCUCUAAUGGGUCGGAUCAUGUGAGCUGCUGUAGGCUCACUUGCUUCCGCGACCCUCUCAUCCUACUUCUUGUCCCUGAACCUGUUCGCAGCAGGAAAGGGGACAAGGAGCUAACUGUAGCUUUCCAUUGGGUGUUGCGUGGCUUUUGCCACCCGCACCGAAAAGAGAGAAACCAAUGAAGCAAACCAUGGUGCUGCAACUGCUGUUGAUCUGCAGCCUAUGCAGCUUAAACGAUGCAAUGAAGGCAUCCCAUAGCAGAUCGUGGGGAUCCGGCUGGGUGCCUCUCGCAUCUGAGGACGAACCCAUCGUCACCGUUUUUCACACGGGCUUGCUGUCCCGUGACCAAGAUGUGGAUGCCUUUCAGAGGACAGCUGCGCAGCAGGGUUCUACGUUGAAUGGCACUGCCCACAAGAAGAAGAAGAAGGAGUGUCCACCAGGCUAUGUCCUGUCUGAAAGCGAGGAAUGCAUUCCGAUCACCUGCGAGGUUGGCAUUGGCGAUGCUUGUGCCAGCUGCAGGAAGCAAGAGCUGCGAUCCGCGGACAACCAAUGCGCAACAUGCAACCCUGGAUAUUGGCUGAAUACAGAGACCUUCACAUGUUCUUCCUUCGCUUGCGAGAUCACGGCAGAUGGGCGUGGAUGUGCUGGCUGCCAGCCCCUGCACUUGAGGACCGGAGACAACCAUUGCUCUUCGUGUCAUGCUGGUUUUCAACUCAUAGGAGGUGCCUGCAAUCCUCUGCCGUGUAUUGAGGGUGAUGGGCCUUCCUGCAAGAAGUGCGUGCCUCAAAGCAACCGGACAGCUGGUGGGCAAUGCCUCUCCUGCAAUACUGGCUAUCAGUUGACGUCUGACCUGCAGUGCAAACCCUUGGUCUGCCGCACUGGUGGAGGGGCCGCCUGCAAAGUGUGCAAAGCACUUGCUUCAACAAGUGCAGAUGGCCAAUGCUCCCAGUGCAACCUUGGGUACUACUUGGAUUCAGACACCGAAAAGUGCACGCCAUGGCCUUGCAGAGAAGGCCAUGGCGCUGGCUGCAAGGCUUGCAAGGCGCAGAUCGAUCGAACAGCCAUUGAUCAGUGCCAGGAGUGCAACCCCGGAUAUCAACUCCAUGCGGAUGGCAGUUGCCAUCCCUUCAAGUGCACUGAGGUGGGUCUGGGCCAUCCCUGCAAGGCAUGUAGGAAACAGGCAGAUCGCCGGGCAGACAACCAAUGUGCUGAAUGCAACGUGGGAUUUCGCCUGGGGCCCGAAACCUUCAUGUGCAUUCCGCACAGAUGUAAUGAGGGCCCAGGAAGUGCCUGCAAGUCAUGCGCUUCCUCAAAAGAAGCUACUCAUGAUGGGGAAUGUCUAGAGUGCAAUGCUGGCUAUGAGCUCAUGCCAGAUGGUAGCUGCCGACCCUACGAGUGCACUCCAAACCAAGCUGAUGCAGGUUGCAAAACGUGCCAGCUCUUAGCGUCCAGACGGAGUGACCAGCAAUGUGCCAGCUGCAAUGAAGGGUUUGCGUUGGCUGCUGACAACGUCUCGUGCGUUGCCGUCGAUUGUACCACGGGCCCUGGGCAUCAGUGUAGAAGAUGCACCUCCGACAGAACACAGUGCGACGAUUGCAACCGGGGCUACUACCUCACCAUCGACCGUGCCUGCCGCGCCUUCGAAUGUCACCCUUCACCAGCCUCAGGGUGCAAGACCUGUCGCGCACAAGAGCAUCGCACCGCCAAGGGGCAGUGUUCAGCGUGCAAUGAGGGCUAUUUCCUGGAUGAUGACUUCUUUUGCAAACCAUGGCCCUGCAAGAUGAGCGGUGCUGGUGCGGCUUGCAAGGUUUGUCGGCCUUUGGCCGAUCGCACUGGGCCGAAUCAGUGCCAAGAAUGCAAUGCAGGACAUUUGCUGAGCGAAGACCUGACCUGUAUCCCGUUCAGCUGCAGCACGGGGGCUGGAAAUGCCUGCAACAGAUGUAGGGACCUGGCACGCUUGACCAGUGAUGAUCAGUGCGAGAGGUGCAACUUUGGGUACCGUCUCUCCAGCAGCUUCACUUGUGAACCUUACCAGUGCAGCACUGGAGAGAAUUCCAGCUGCAAGACGUGCAAGGAUCAGACCUCCCGGGGCAUGGACAGCCAGUGCAGCGCCUGCAAUGCCGGCUAUGAGUUGAAGGAUUCCAUGUGCAGGCCAUACGUGUGCAAUAGUGGUGCCGGUGCAGCGUGCAAGACAUGCAAACCGCUGGCAUUGCGAACUCAAGAUGAGGAAUGUGCGGAGUGCAAUCCUGGUUUCUUCUUGAGCAACGGCACCUGCAAAGAAUUCUCUUGCAGCGUUGGCCAAGGUGCCUUGUGCCAGGAAUGCUUGAUACAAGACGCUCGCACGGCAGAAAACCAGUGCAUGGAGUGCAACAAGGGAUUCUACCGCAAUGCCAAAUUCCAGUGCAUCCCUUACACCUGCAAAGCGGAUGAGGGCUGCAGCGAAUGUGUCUCCCAGAGUCUCCGCACUGCAGAUGGCCAAUGCGCAGAGUGUCGUCCUGGAUAUGUGAAGACAUUGGACAAUUUGUGCGAGCCAUUCACGUGCUUGACAGGAGAAGGGGCAGCAUGUAAGACUUGCCGUCCUCAGGGCAAUAGGACUGCCCAUGGGCAAUGCCUGGACUGCAACGAUGGCUAUGACUUGAACUCCGCCGAAACCUGUGGGACCUUCACCUGCAGCACCGGGCCGGAUGAAGCAUGUAAGGUGUGUCGCGGCGAGAAUUCUUCGAUGUCACAGAUCAGCUUCGAGAAAUCUUUAAGUGGGAAAACAUGCGCGGAGAGCAAGAAGAUCACCGUGUACACCAGUACUGAGCUGAUCUCGCCGUUGAAUUGCUCGAACGCGGUCUGUGCUGAUGAUCGUUGUAGCCAGGCGGCCUUUGAGAUCUUGGCCAAGCCGGACGAGUUUUGGCAGUGUUCCUGUAUCAAAGCUGGCAGUCAGUGCGGAGAAGGAGAUCUCAGCGAUGAUCUGGCAACGACAUCCUACAGUCUGCAAAACUGCCCGGCACCAAAGGUGACUCUGACAGCCAACAAUCAAUGCGCUGAGUGUAACCCUGGCUACUUUUUGGGCGAGGAUUUGCAGUGCAAACCUUUCACCUGCUUGAUGGGUCCUGGCAGCGCCUGCAAGACUUGCCUCGCGCAAUCUGCUAGGACAGGGAGAGAUCAGUGCUUGGAGUGCAACCCGGGUUUCUAUCGAGACGGUGUGAUUUGCAAGCCUUUUUCCUGCGAGACUGGCUCUGCAAACGGCUGCAAGACUUGUCGCCCGGAAGCAGCGCGAACAGGGAACGACCAAUGUUCCGAGUGCAACCCAGGCUAUGGCUUGACGGCAGCCUCUAGCUGUGAAAUUUUCAGCUGCUUCACAGGAGAUGGUGCCUCGUGCCGAAAGUGCAGAGAUGUGGCACUUCGAACAGCGAAGAAUCAGUGUAUGGAAUGCAAUCGAGGAUACCUGCUGACGGAGGACUUGAAGUGCAAAAAGAUCUCAUGCACCCUCGGCCCCGGCAGAGAGUGCAGAAAGUGCAAGGCAGCCAUAGACAGCUCGGCCAAGAACCAAUGUGAAGAGUGCAACGCUGGCUAUGAACUGACUGCUGACUUCAAGUGCAGCCCGUUCACUUGUGUCACUGGAACGGAUGCAGGGUGCAAGGUGUGCCGAAGCCUGACACGAAGAACUGCCCACGAGCAAUGCCGCGAGUGUAUGCCCGGCUAUACUCUGACGGUGGAUCACAAGUGUGAACCCCUGCUCUGUGACUCAGGGUCUGGGGCGCUCUGCAAGAGAUGUCUGGACCAGGACAUGCGAACGGCUGAUGACCAAUGUGCGGAGUGCAACCCUGGCUACACCCUGACAGAGGAUCUUACCUGCGCUGCGUUCACCUGCAGCACUGGACCCGGAUCUGCUUGUAAAGCCUGCCGUUUGACGGUGAAUGCCACGGCGAACGACCAAUGCAGCGAAUGCAACCCUGGUCAUGAGCUAUUGCCAGAUGGCAGCUGCAAGCCGUAUACGUGCAAGAUCGGCAAUGGCACAGAGUGCAAGGAGUGUCAGGAUUUGAAGCUUCGAACAGCAGAUGGUCAGUGUACCGCCUGCAACGACGGCUUCACUCUCACCGAUGGAAUUUGUACAGCCUCGCCCUGCGUCAAAGGUGCAGCUUGUGAAGUAUGUGGUUCAGGUGCUGAGUGCGACAAGUGCAGCAGAGGAUAUGAGCUCACGACAUCCUUUGCGUGCAGGCCACAUGCUUGCCGAACUGGAGGUGGAUCUUCGUGUAAGACAUGCCUUCCACAGAACGCGCGAAGCCGAAGAAACCAAUGUGCGAGCUGCAACCCAGGCUUCAUGCUAACGGCUGACGCCAAAUGUGUUCCGUUUGCCUGCAGUAUUGGUGCUGGGUCGGCUUGCAAAACGUGCAAGCCGCAAGGUGAACGCACAGCCGAAAACCAAUGCGAUCAGUGCAACGCCGGCCACGUGCUGAAUGAGGCCUUUGCUUGCGUCCAGUUUCGCUGUAGCACGGGUCAAGGUCCUGCUUGCAAGAGCUGUCGGAAGCUUCCAGAUUUGACGGCAGACGAUCAAUGCGAAGCUUGCAAUCCCGGUUAUGGCCUUUCAGAGGACAAUCAGUGUGAGACCCUGUCGUGCGAGGAAGGAGCUGGACGCAAAUGCAAGGUCUGUAAGGGACGGCUUGAAAGAACGGCCAGCGGACAAUGUCUGGAGUGCAACCCCGGCUAUGAGCUCAAUUCGGACUUAAAAUGCGAACCUUUGAGCUGUGAAACUGGUGAUGCGGUCACCGAUUGCAAGGCAUGUGUUGCCCAAGAGGAGCGAAGCGUGCGCAACCAUUGCUCUGAGUGCAAUCCCGGAGCUGGUCUUGUGGGAGCUCUCUGUCAGCACCUCACCUGUGAAACCGGCGUUGGAGCUGCCUGCAAGACCUGUGUCCCGCAGAGUGAGCGCACGGCCUUCGAUGAAUGUGCGAGCUGCAACCCGGGCUACACUCUGAAUGGCAAGAACUGCCAAACCAUUACCUGCUCCCUGGGCCCAGAUGAAGCAUGCCGCACCUGCCGGACGCAAGAAGCAAGGACUGCAAAAGAUGAGUGUGAGUCCUGCAAUCCCGGCUUCUUCUUGUCCAAUGCCUCGGGCACUUGGAAGUGUGAAGCCUACAGCUGCAGUGUGGCGCCUGGCACCGGCUGUAAGUUUUGCCAAGAGCAAAGCACCAGGACUGGCGCAGACCAGUGUGCUGCCUGCAAUCCUGGCUAUGAGCUUCUGCCAGAUGGGCGCUGCAAAGCCUUCGCCUGCAGCACUGGCCUUGGGAUUGGCUGCAAGGAGUGUCGGUCUGCAGCCGAGCUGGCAGCAACGGACCAGUGCUCCAAGUGCAACCCAGGUUACUACCUUGGGGAGGACUUCAAGUGUCACAGUUGGGACUGUGAAGCCGGAGAGGGUGCCAAGUGCAAGGCUUGUUUCGUGCAGAACUUGCGCACUGCCCAUCAGCAGUGCGCUUUGUGCAACGCAGGCUUCUUCCGAAACCAUGAAGAUCUGAGCUGCAAACCAUACACUUGCAAGAUUGGGUCCAACGAGUCCUGUGCAAUGUGCAGGGAGCAAGGGGAUCGGAGCAGCCACAACCAAUGCGUGGCCUGCAACCCUGGCUAUGAACUCACCGAUGAAGCCACGUGCCGCCCCUUCGGUUGUAGCACCUCAGAUGGACGAGGUUGUGCGGAGUGCAAAGCGCAGGAUGAUAGAACGAAGGAGGGUGACUGUUCCGCUUGUAAUCCUGGCCUUUUCUUGACGGAGAAAUCUGGCUGCCAAGCCUACAAGUGUGAGGAGGGUCCCAAGGGUGCUUGCAAGGUGUGCCAGGGACCCAGCAACCGGACAGCACAUAACCAGUGCCAAGAGUGCAACUUCGGAUACGAGUUGACGGAAAGCUUGACGUGCAAGGCCUUUGAUUGCACACCUGGAGAGGGUCCAGACUGCAAGUCCUGUGACACUGACGGGAACUGCGUGGAUUGCAACUUGGGCUACUUCUUGACAGAUGAGAAGACCUGCCAGCCAUACAAGUGCGAAGUUGGGGAGCCCCCUGCCUGCAAGACUUGCAAGGAGCCGGAAAACACUACGGCAGACAAUCAAUGUAAGGACUGUGCGCCAGGUCACCGGCUGAAUGAGUUACAAGCUUGUGUGCCCUUCCUCUGUCAGAGAGGCCCUGGCGAACUGUGCAAGACUUGUGUCCCAACGGAGUUGCGAGAACGAGAUUAUGAAUGCGCCUCUUGCAAUUCUGGCUACCAGCUUUCUGCCAACAAGACUUGUGAGCCAUUCUCCUGUGAGUUGGGCGAGGACGACUUCUGCAACACUUGUGUUGCUCAGAGAAAGCGCACGGCUGAUAACCAAUGCGCAUCUUGCAAUGAAGGCUACUUCUUGGAUGACAAGCUGAAAUGUCAGAAGAUGACUUGCGAAGUGGGACCAGGGGAUAUGUGCCAGAAGUGUGGGGCAGACAACAGAUGUAGCUCCUGCAAUGCUGGGUAUCGCCUCAUGGCCAGUGGUAGCUGUGAGUCCUUCCCCUGCCAGACUGGAGAUGAUGAUGGUUGCAGCAGCUGUGUGCGGCAAAGGGAGCGAAGUCGGGUGAACCACUGUGGCUCAUGCAAUGCUGGCUACCAGCUCUCAAAGCGAGGCAGUUGUGAGGCUUUUGUUUGCACUACUGGAAACGGGGACGCUUGCCGAAGUUGCCCCCCCUUGAGCAAACGGAAGAUGGACAACGAGUGCAGUGCCUGCAAUCCUGGUUUCCAGCUUGUGGGUGCGAAGUGCGUUCCCUUCACCUGUGCAGUGAGCAUCGGCGCUGGCUGCAUGUCCUGCAGAGAUCAGAGCGCCAGAACUGCGGAUGGCCAGUGCUCAGCCUGCAACCCUGGCUUCGAGCUGACAGAAGAUUUCCGGUGUCGUCCCUACACCUGCGAGACGGGGCCAGGGGACCUGUGUAAGGCCUGCCGCACGCAGAGAGGAAGAACCUCUGAUGAGCAAUGCCUGGAAUGCAACCCAGGCUACACGCUGACGGAUGGCUUCAAGUGCAGUCCCUUCGCCUGUGAAACAGGCCAAGGCUCCAGCUGCAAUGUGUGCCGGCCGCAGGGCGCCAGGACCUCGAACGACCAAUGCGAGAAGUGCAACCCGGGAUUCCGUCUGUUGGAAGAUGCCACGUGUGCUGCCUUCAGCUGUCGCGCGGGUCCGGGGCCCAACUGCAAGCAGUGCCGUGCGGCAGCGGACCGCACAGCACGGGACCAAUGUCAGGCAUGCAAUGCUGGUUUCUUCUUGGAUGACGAUGCCCAAUGCCGACCAUACACAUGCUCAGAGGGCUCAGGGGAAGCCUGCCGCAGAUGUACGCCACAGAGCCAACGCUCUGCGCAUGGUCAGUGCAAGCGUUGCAAUCCUGGCCAUGAGCUGACAAGGCACAAGACUUGCCGACCGUUCUCCUGCAAGCUUGAGAGCAUGAACUGUUUGGAGUGUGUAGAGCAGCCGUUGCGAAGUGGUGAUAAUCAAUGCAGGAAAUGCCAGCCUGGUUUCAAGUUAUCAGAAGACAUGAAGUGUGUGCCGUACUCCUGCGAGACUGGAGAUGGGGCAGCAUGCAAAAUCUGCCAAGUGCAGGGACUGAGGACUGGGGACGACCACUGUUCGACCUGUAACCAGGGCUUCACACUGGUCGAUGGCCAUUGCGAAGCCUUCACCUGUCAGUUGGGCACUGCUUCGGGUUGCAGGACCUGCAGGCCUUUGGAUGAAAGAACUGCCAAGGACCAGUGCGAUGAAUGCAAUGCUGGCUAUGCUCUUAACGAGUCCGGGGCAUGUGUGGAAUAUUCGUGUCGGACGGGCAGCGGGGAAGAAUGCAAAGUCUGCAGAGAGACAUCAGCACGCACUGGGAAUAACCAGUGUGCGGAAUGCAAUGCGGAUUAUGUUCUGACUCCAAGCAUGCGCUGUACUGCGAAACCACAGCAGUGGCUUCCUCGGGUAAAUGCCAUCGUCUACACCAAGGAGGUGGUAGAGGAUCUCUUUAAACAGUUGGACCUCAAUGGAGAUGGCAAAGUCACCUCUGAUGAGUUUAGCAAAAAGGAGGUGGACACAGCCAUCGCCAAGGCCUUGGCAAAGCUUGCCAUGGACAAGGCCUUUGACUUUCAGGAGCUUCGAAAGCCAGGCGACACGGACCUUGUAGCCAUCGACAGGGUCUUUGAAAAGCUGGAUUCGGAUCACGAUGAUUUCGUCUCACCGCCCGAGUUCAAGGAGGGAGUUCGAAGCAAGAAGGUCAGCUCAUCCCAUUUGUUCGGCUCCGUGGAUGAGAACCACGACGGUCGAGUUAGCCGGGAGGAAUUCACCAAGGCGGCUCGGGGUCCUGCCGAGCUCAGGGCCAUGAGUUUGGCCUUCCGAAGGGCAGAUGCAGAUCAUGACUUGUUCAUUUCGCAAGCGGAGUUUAUCCGAGAUGCCCGUACACACUACACCAGCUCAACGGCGGAUGAAUUAGUGCCAUAUUUCAGUAAGCUGGAUUCAGACAACGAUGGGCGGCUUUCUCGAGUGGAGUUUCAAGCACAAGCCGAGAGCUCGGGGCCAGGUUCUCUGGCUCAGGUGGCCGAAAGCUUCCAGAGAGGCGGAGAGGGCCCCGCUGGAGACGCUCCAGUUCCGGGUCUCGUCAACCCCUUUGAGGUUGGCCAGUGACAAACAUUGAUGACAAAGAAAGAGAAACCAUAGACCGCUGUCAGCUACGCCAAGCUGAACAAAAA